UUUGCUACUAGGCUUUGCUGCACUGAAUGUAUUUGUUGAGUUAGCAACAUGAAGAAGAUCAACUUCUUGUGGAGAACUCCAAUGUAUGGAGGGGAUGCACGGUCCGACUAAAUCACACAAGGGCAACUUCAUCGAACGAUCAAGACUGAACCACGUCAUCAAAAUCAAGGCGCCGCUUAAUCGCCGAGGGAGUGCGGAGUCGCCAACGGGAAAUCGGGGGAAUGGCAACUGGAGCAGAACUCUCAACAAGACUGGUUGCAGUGGCUUCCUCUAUAAGCCUCUUGGCUUCAAGUUCGAACUGCCUUCCUCUCUUCUUUACCAUUCCUCGAUCUGAAUCUGGACUUCUCCGCUGUCGCUUCUCCUUUCGCUCUCUCCUCUUCUACCGGCGUCCGCUGCUUCGUUUCGUAGAUACGUCUUACGGCGAUCGGGGAAGAUUUUACUUUUCAGCCAUGUCGUCGUCGUUUUCUUCUCUCUCCGCUUAUGAAGAAGAGCUUGCCGCCGCUAAGAAAGCGGCGUCUCUCGCUUCUCACCUCUGUCAGAAAGUGCAGAAAUCCAUUAUGCAUUCAGAUGUCCAAUCCAAAGCAGAUAAAAGUCCUGUCACAGUAGCUGACUAUGGUUCGCAAGCAUUGGUCAGCCUUGUACUGAAGAUGGAGCUCCCAUCCAGGUCAUUUUCAUUGAUGGCUGAAGAGGAUUCAGGAGAUCUUCGUAAAGAUGGCGCCCAGGUGACUUUGAAACGUAUUACAGAGCUUGUAAAUGAAACUCUCACUGCUGAUGGUACAUAUAAUCUUUCCCUUUCUGAGGAGGAUGUGCUUGAUGCCAUUGAUAGUGGCAAAUCUGAAGGAGGUCCAUAUGGUCGGCAUUGGGUUUUGGAUCCAAUAGAUGGCACUAAAGGGUUCUUGAGAGGGGAUCAAUACGCAAUUGCACUGGCAAUGCUUGAUGAAGGAAACGUGGUGUUGGGCAUCUUGGCAUGUCCAAAUCUCCCCUUAACUCCAAUAAGAAGCACUUCUAAAAACUCUUCAGAAAGUAAAGUUGGUUGCCUUUUUUCUGCCACUAUUGGUUCUGGAACAAUAAUGGAGUCAUUGGAUGGCUCCACAAGUACUAAGGUCCAUAUCAGCACGGUUGAGGAACCAGCUGAUGCAUCUUUCUUUGAAUCAUUUGAAGCAGCCCACUCCAUGCAUGAUUUAUCUAGCAGCAUAGCACAGAAACUGGGUGUUCAAGCUCCACCUGUGAGAAUUGAUAGCCAGGCGAAGUAUGGUGCUCUGGCGCGAGGGGAUGGCGCUAUUUAUUUGCGCUUUCCUCAUAAGGGAUAUCGUGAAAAAAUUUGGGACCAUGCUGCCGGUUUCAUUGUAGUUUCGGAAGCUGGUGGUGUAGUGAGUGAUGCUUCGGGGAAUGCUCUGGAUUUUUCAAAGGGGCGAUAUCUUGAUGUUGAUAGUGGCAUCGUUUGCACCAACAAGAAGCUGAUGCCGUUGCUAUUGAGUGCAGUGCAGGAGUCUCUUAAAGAACAAUCUUCGUUUUUGUAGGAGAAACCUUUUCAAUCCAACUGGUAUUUUGCAUUUCAUGUUAGUUCAUAGUUUGAACAAGGCUGAUUGGUUUGUACCACUUUCCAUCAUGCGACGUUUGGAGAUUCUCUUUUGGGUUGAAAAUGACAUUUAUAUCUUAUAGCUCUGUAGGAGCUGUUUAUUUCAUGCAUUAAUAUGCAUGUAUUUUAAAUGUAUGGCACAAUAAAUGUCAUAUUUAUUCAUA